CUUCCUGGGCCACCGACAUGAUGCACGAAGACUCCAUCCAGAAGGCCUCCAGUGUCGAGGUCGCAGAGGGAAGAAGAGGCAGCCUUCUCAGACCGAUCGUCACACGCGGAGACAGUUUCUUCAAUGAGCGCAAUGUAAACGCGAAACUGGAUGACAAUUCGAGACCUGCCUCCACCUCUUUGAAGCCCAGAUUGAACAGCAUAUCAUCUGCUCGCACACCAACGUCACCAGCACCCAAGAGUCCCUCCUAUCGACCAGAUUGGGCCCAAGAUGCAGAAAAUAUGCAAGGACCACCUUGGCCUGUGGAUGAAGACGAGCUAGGAUCGCCAGAAGACCUUCGAGAUAUGUUGAGAAUGGGAAGAAUCCAAGAGAUGAGACUGGUGGAUGCGGUCUACUCUUUUGGUCUUGUUCGUAUUUCCUCUGGUACAGGAAAUAUGUGGUAUNCUUUCGCUGGCUCCAUGUUCAUCGCAGCGUCGCUGGCCGAGAUGGCUUCAAUUUCUGCGGGCCAAUAUUUCUGGGUCUCGGAAUUCGCCAGUAAACGAUGCCAGCAGUUCUUGUCGUAUAUCACAGGCUGGAUGAGUAUCGUUGGUUGGCAAUGUGGAAACGCCGCAGGAAUCUUCCUGACAGGCUCACUAGUCCAAUCAAUGAUAACCAUCUAUCGUCCUGCCAAUGGUUGGCUGGUGUGGCAGACGAUCGUGUUUCUCCUUCCCUUUCUUGCUGUUGUCAUUUUGACCAACAUAUAUGGUGGCCGUACGAUAGCAAUAUUGCAGAAUGUGAUGAUGUCAGUGCACAUUCUUGCGCUGAUUGCGAUUGUUGGUGAGUGCUAUAUCUGGACGCGCUUGUCCGGUCGAUGCNUGAUCAGGUUGGAAGUGAUCUUGGGAGUACUGUCGCCGCACAUUCCAGCAAAGAGGGCGUUUCUGCAGAUUGAAAACAAAGAAUGGUCUUCCGCGGCUUUGGCAGCGCUUUCCGGCCAGACAAAUACAAACUUUGCCNUGUUUCUAGAACUGACCUUUCAAGAUGUCGACGCUCCCAUUCGUCUUUCCGAAGAGGCACAAGAUGCCGCGGUUGUCGUUCCUCAAGCUACCGCUGUAGCAGUGUUCGCAAUCUGCGUCCCGAGCAUCAAUGAUGCUAUCAAUCAUCCGACAGGAUAUUCUCUUCUUUACGUUCUACAACUGUCCGUUCCGAACAGCGUUAUAGUAUGUAUCCUGUUGACAUUCGUUGCUCUUGUGGGAGCAAGCAAUGUUGGCUUCGCAGCCGCUACUGCAAGAAUUACAUAUGUCUUCGCAAGAGAUCAAGGCCUUCCAUUUUCUCGGUGGAUCAGCAAGGUACACGAGAAACGGCUGACCCCUAUCAACGCUGUGUUCUUGACGGCAGCUGUUGGUGUGUUACUGUCGCUGAUCAAUCUUGGAUCUACCACUGCCUUCUUCGGCAUCCGCAGGNUGGCACUGGCGCAAGCCGCACAAGCCGUGUCGUACAUUUUGGCCAUCUCGAGUGUGUUGUAUCGUCGUAUCAAGUCGCCAGAGAAACUGCCAAAAGCACGAUGGAGCCUCGGGCCUAUCUGGGGCCCAAUCAACAACGUGCUCGCUNAUUCUUGGCUUGCUUCACGUUACCUGUUGUUUGCCAGAGCGAAUGUUGCUGUCGCGACACGUGUCUCUUCAAAUACCGCGGGAUCGAAUGAGGCAAGGCUGCAAGCCCGUUCAAGGCGUGGAUUGUUCUCGAUCAAUUGCUUCAUCUGGUCGUUCACCCCACCCAGUCUACCAAUCACAGCGACGAAUUUCAAUGUAGCAGUCGCGCUCUUCAUAGGCUUGCUGGUGUUAAUGACGGUAACGUAUUACUUCAGGAGGAAAGAAUACGUCGGGCCAGUAGCGCGCAAAAGAGACACUCCUAGCUGGAAUAUGAGUCAGCUGGGUACAGAUCGGAAUGUUCAAUUCUUGACGAUUCCGGAGGAACUC